UUUCAUUUCUUACUUUUACAACAUUUCUUACAACUCGCAUAGUUCACAUGAUGUAACCCGAUUUAUUAUCGGCUACAGCCAUAAAUUUUAAACAUUUUACAACAUCACACAAAAGAUUGACCUCCUAGGUUCUAGGUUACAAUUGUUGAUUCUUUUGACUUCCAUAUUGCGUAUAUAUACCAUACCAUAUAUAUACCAUUUGGUGAAGUUCCAAUAAUUUUUAUUUUCAUUUUGUGGAAAUACAAUGGAAUACUGAAUAUACGAUCCUCUGUCGAAUUUUGAAUACUUUUCUACGAGAUAAAACUGCUUUAUUUCAAUGCUGUGCGUGACUUUAUUUUUUUAAAAUAUGGAUCUGAUUAUUCUUUUUUUUCUAUUAAGUUAGUUAACUUUAUUGUGUUUUAGGUGAUGUGACCGAUGACAGUCCUGAUGAAUCGGGUGAGGAAAACUUCAUAAAGCCAAUAAAAAAGAUCAGACGGAAAAUUAUUGAAAGUUCACCAUCUGACACUGAAGAUCGGAUGAUUCAUGACUUGCCGACUCCUUCAUAUAUCUGCCCACCGUCAGCUUCAACUCCACUGCGACAACAGACUCCAACUUCUUCUCAAUACACUCGUCCACAGAGUCGUCCUGAGUCAGCCCAGACUCCUUUACAUCCACAGCCCGCCAAGACACAUCUACAGACUGCAGGUAUACAGCCAGCCCAGACUCGUCCACAGUCAAAACUCCAGACUCCUGUUCGACAACAAGCCCAGGGGAGUCCAGUACCAUCACAAUCUGCACCGAAUACAGUAUAUCCAAUGCCACAUGCCAACGCUGAAGAUCCGAUGAUUCAUGACUUGCCGACUACUUCAUAUAUCUGCCCACCGUCAGCCUCAACUCCACUGCGACAACAGACUCCAACGUCUUCUCAAUAUACUCGUCCACAGAGUCGUCCUCAGUCAGCCGAGACUCCUUUACAUCCACAGCCCGCCAAGACACAUCUACAGACUGCAGGUAUACAGCCAGCCCAGACUCGUCCACAGUCAAGACUCCAGACUCCAGUUCGACAGCAAGCCCAGAGGAGUCAAGUAGCAUCACAAUCUGCACCGAAUUUAGUAUAUCCAAUGCCACAUGCCAAAUUCCAGAAAAAGGUGAUCAACCUGUUGGUACAGAUUCGUAAUUCUGUAAAUAAUUUAGUGCCACCCACAACGAAAACAUCUCCGCAGACGGAAGGGUCACCAGUGUUUUUGGAGAUCUGCGACUGUCUUUCUGAUUUGGAAGAGUUUGAAAGGCAGCUCGAAAACAGAUCUGUGCGUCGAAAUGUGAUUCAACAGCUGGCUCGAGUUGGGGGGACGAAAGUCAGCAGUAACGUUCAAAAUGUUUUGAACAGGUUGAUGUCUAAUUCUCUAAUGGCGCAAUUCAAUUUAAAGGGAAAUAAAGGCAAGAGGUCCAUAAUGGACUUGGAAAUUUAUAAAGUUGUCCGAGAUAGUGUAAUGAUAAGCCAGCCGAGCUGCAAUGAAGCCGAGAUAACAACAGCAGUUUCGGCUCAUCUAAAAUAUGCGCCCGACAGAAGAGGGGGUGGCGGAAGGGGCGGGUCUGGGACCAAUUAAGUACAAUGUACAUAUGUACAGUUUUUAUUUGUUUAUUACAUGCCAUAUUUUAUUAUAAUCUUUAUAUCCCAUUUUAAUUUCUUUUAUCAUCCAUUUGUUUUUAUUUUAUUUUCUAUGUGUGAUGUCCACAAAAUGUUAACUGUGCCAUUGAGCAGUAUUUUAUAUUGGUAAUAGGCGCAUUAUAAAUAAAUAAAUUAUUAUUAUUAUUAUUAUUACAGUACCAAUUGCAUUAAAAUUACUUUCUCAUUUUUAGCAAUAUCAUUCAUUACGAUUACCCAUUACAUUGAAAGUAAAUAAUUACAUUUUAUUACUAU